AUGGCUUGCAUGGAGCUUCUCUACCUGGCCGAGGAGAGCAGGCAGGCGCCCCUGGGCACCGCUGCCGGCUGGAGCCUGCCAUCCCCUCCCUGCGAGCAGCAGCAGCAGCAGCAUGAGGGGGGUGAGGUGGACCCCAGAGCAGCCGCUGCCGUGGCAGCCCUGCACUGCGAAAGGCAUUGCAAGCCCUUGCAGAGGGGCCCUGUGGCUGAGCCGCCCCCAGCACCCCAGUCCUUCACCCUGGGCACCUCUCCCUGGGAGCACCCUGCACUCCCCGGCACCUCCCAGCCCUGCCACCCACCCGAGUGCUUGCCUGGGGAAGAUGGAGGGAAGAAGAAAGCCUGCUGCUGUGCCCAGGAACUUGAGACAUCAUUCACCUACGUGGAUGAAAAUGUAAACCUGGAGCAUGCAAGAAGUCCCCCCAGUCCUACAGACGGCCGCUGCCAGGGUGCGCCUCUGCAGCAGCGUUCCUGCAGGGAUCUGCCACCUGAGUGGGUGCACGAUUCUCCUUCCCUGGUCUCUGAGGAGGACGACACUGCCUCGGAGGUGGCGGCUGGGAAAUCCGUGGACUACGGGUUCAUUAGUGCCAUUUUGUUCCUGGUUAGUGGCAUUUUGCUGGUGAUCAUUUCCUAUGUGGUACCCAGAGAUGUGACUGUGGAUCCCAACACCGUGGCUGCCCGGGAGAUGGAGAGGCUGGAGAAUGAGAGCGCUCGGAUUGGGGCUCACUUGGACCGCUGUGUUAUCGCCGGGCUGUGUCUCUUAACCCUGGGGGGAGUGGUGCUCUCCAGCCUGCUGAUGAUGUCCAUGUGGAAAGGGGAGCUGUACCGGAGGAGCAGGUUUGCGUCCUCCAAGGAGUCUGCGAAGCUCUAUGGGUCUUUCAAUUUCAGAAUGAAGUCUGGUGCAAACGAUAAUAUGCUCGAGCUGUCAUUAGUUGAGGAAGAUGUGCUUGCCGUAGAUAAUUAG